CGAUCAGUUGCAUAAUAAAGAAGGCAUUGAUUUGGUACAUAACGUGUACAACUUGAAAGGAAGCAGAGAUAAUUUUAUACUGUAGACCCUACAGGUGGUUGCAAAAAAAUGGCGUGGAUCACAUUUUAACCAGGAUCAGAGGCACCACAUCUGUGACAUGGUUGGCUCCUCAAAAACAGUCUUUAAGAAUAAAUGAGAGUUCUGGUAGAAGUGGGUAAAAUAUGGCGGCGGGAAUGUACAAAUUCCGAAUCGCCUUGUUGCUGCUCGCGUCCUGUUCAGCGGUGUACUUUGUUAUCGGGCCAAUGGCGUGGACUAGAAAAGAAAAGAGUCAGACUGAAAUAACGAAUAAAGAUACACGGGCAAAACCUCAGAGUAUAACAUACGUAAAGAAAGUAUUACAAGCACCAGGGCAAGCCUUACAACUCACUCAAAGAGAAAUGAAUCAUAUAAAACGAUUGCCAGUACGACCUCCGAUAGACCUGGCUUUAAAUCCAGUCGUCGCGGUGGACGUGGUCGAGACGGACAAUGAUCGUGCUAAGAGUGGAUUGAUAUAUGAUUGUGACGACGAUUUCCGAGAUAUUGUGGAAAGCAGGCAUUCUGUCAAUGGAAAGCCAGUAUAUGAUAAGAAUAAGACUGUGAUGUACAUAAGCAUGCCAAAGUGUGGAAGCAGAACAUUUGUAUGGACAGCCAUGAGACUCCGGGAUAUCCAUCAUUUUGGGUCAACGGUUAAUCUCGAAUACAUGCUGGGGGAUAAUCCGCCUUUAAAAAUUAGAGAUUUUAUAGACGACAGAAUAGAGGAAUCGGAGAAUGGAGCGAUAAUACAUGGUCAUUAUCGCUUUAUUGACAUGUAUGGUUCUCCAAAGAAACCUAUUUUAAUGAGUAUGCUCCGUGAUCCAGUCAGCCGAUUUGAAUCUUAUUUCUAUUUUAUGCGACACGGUGAUAAGGAUAUGAGCAAAGAAGAACUUGUCAAACAAUUAGGACCGAGAAUGGCUCUACCAAACGAGACAUUAGAUGACUGUAUUGAGAAAGAUAGAGGAGAUUGUACAUGGCCAUUGUAUCGUAAUAUGUACGUCACAUCAUUCUGCGGUUACGACGCAAGAUGCAGUCAAUCCCCGUCCUUUGCUUUAGAGGAGGCAAAACGUAAUGUCGACAAGUUUCUCGUAAUUGGUGUGAUGGAGGAAUAUGACCUCUCCAUGGCUGUCUUCGAAAAACUACUUCCGGCGACAUUUAGAGGAGCAGCGAAAAUAUAUGGAGAGAACAAAGAUCAGUCGAUAGACAAAUCGAAAACAAACUUCAAGAAACCGACAUCCCCGAAAACAUACUCCAUUUUAAAACAGCGAAUGAAGUAUGACUACGCAUUUUACGACUACGUGAAAAAGAGAUUACAUAAAGUUGCUAAUGAACUUGGUAUCGGAAGUUGUUCUGGCCCAUUAUAGCAAUGAUUGAAUAGUCAUGAAAUGUACAUUAAGACGAUAAACAUUGCGACGGUUGGAAUAUUCGACGUCCAGACACGGAAUGUUAUGCAUCUUUGACAC